AUGUUUAGACCAAUCGUAAGCAAGAUUGCGUUCUCCAGACCCUUCUCGCAGUCCAGCAGACUAGCGGUAACUUCCUUAACAUUCUUCACCAAGGAAACUUGCCAGCUAUGCACUAACGCCAAAACCAUCCUUUAUGACACUUUGAAGGAUGAAUCACUCAAUGACAAGUCAAUCAAGCUAGACGUAAUAGAUAUAAUGAAACCUGAAAACUCAAAGUGGUUUGAUGUUUACUGCUAUGACGUUCCAGUAAUCCAUAUCGACAGACCAAACCAAAAAAAGCCCGUCAAAUUUAUGCAUUAUUUCCAUCAUGACAAGUUAUUGGAAGAGUUUCAAAAAUAA